AUGUAUGUUUGGUUGGAAAAUGUAGAUUCCGGAAGUUUAGAGGUGUGCAUCCGAGAGUUUCUGUCCUUCGAUGGGAAACAUCAAGACACCAUUGUGGACUGGUUCGCAUUUUUUGGAAAUGGCUCUGAAUUCAAUUUAACGCUGUCAGGAGAAGCAGAUUUUCCAAACAUCGUUUCGCCGAUAGCUGAUGACAAUUAUGGUUUCUGUCAAGAAGUGGAGUUCAACACAACCUUCUAUGCCUCACCAGUUGUCCUUGUGUCUGUGCAUCAUAUUUACAACCCUCAAGUUACCAUGAAAAGCCCCGUAUCACCGAAAAACAACAUUAUAUCAGCCUGGGUUGAGGAAGUUAGCCUCACAUCCAUGAGGAUUUGUGUUAAAAACUUGAGUGGAACAGGAAGUAAACACGACCCUCUCUCUGUUAGUUACAACGUGAUUGGAGACCUCAAUCCCUGCCUAGACGUGUUUUGCCCAUCAUUUGGAGUCUGCAAAACAUACAGUGCCCAUGAAGCUCGGUGUGUGUGUAAUGACAACUGCCCUUCGUAUCAAGAUCCAGUCUGCACCGAAAAUGGAACAACGUAUGACAACGAAUGUCAGUACAAGUUGAGUUUCUGCAAGGGACUUGACAAUAAUACCUUGUACCAUUCUGGAGGCUGUAAAGGCUUUCCAAUCAUUCCUGGUCAAAUGUAG